UCUGCUUUUAUUUACUUCGUGCCGGACAAACAUUUCGCGUGAUUACUGACUCAAUCUGUUCAAUUGACGACGAGUGCGCGCGGCCCGUCGGUGAAAUCGGUGUUUUUCUGACAUUUAGCGGCGACUUACAUCGACACACACCGCCGGUAUCAAACGACGAGCCUUCGAAAUAAGAGCACAAUGUUUUCCGCGCUUUUUCUCGCCACUACGAAAAUGAGAGAGCUACAAUUUAAGACCUGAAGAAAGAGCAGACAUACUACUAACACAGCAGCGAUGGCUCAGGUCACCAGCCACGGGAAGCUGCUGCUGCAGCGCCUGCACCAGCAGCGGGAGAUGGACUUCCUGUGCGACAUCACCAUAAUGGUGCGAGAUGUGGAGUUCAGAGCCCACCGCAACAUCCUGGCAGCGUUCAGCAAGUACUUCUCCACCCAGGCCGAGCGGGGUCAAGAGGUCACGACGCUGGACCCCGAAAAAGUCAGCCGCUACGCCCUGGAGAAGCUGUUGGAGUUCAUCUACACCGGACAGAUGAAUCUCAGCAGCACCAGGCAGGCGGCUGUGCGCCGAGCCGCUCUGUUCCUGGGGAUAUCAGAGGCCACCAGGUACCUGGUGGAGACCCCCCACUGGUCCGAGUCCCAGUCGGAGGCGGAUAAAGAAGCUGGUCUCUCUCCUGCGAGCCCGGCCUCUCCCGGCAGCCCCUGCUCGCCGCUUCCCCUGUCCAUCGUCUCCGUCGUGGUCGGGUGUCAGGAGGAGGGGGCGCCCGGCGGGGAGCAGCAGAAAGAGGAGGAGGAGGAGGUGGAGGAGGAGGCGGCCGCGGAGGAGGCCGCCACUGCCUACGCGGAUAUCGUAGAUGGGGAGAAGAGCGGCGAGGAGUACACCCCCGUCGCAGCCAAGAGCGUCGGGAGGGGGACGGGGAGGAAGAGGGGCCGGCCGAAGAGAGUCAGCAGCGAGUUUGUGGAGCCGAGCGGCUCCGCCGAUGCCACGCCCAAACCCCAGAGCAACAGGGGGAGGGGCAGAGGCAGGGGGCGGGGCCGGGGGCGGGGGCGGGGCAGAGGAAGAGGGGCGGUCAAGACCCAGGAUCUGUAUUUGGAGGAUUCUGACGGAAGCGUGAAAGAUUUCGGGGACUUCUCUGAGGACUGGAGCCCCUCCCAGGAGGACGACGACGACGACUUCCUGGCAAAGAAGCCCCGGCUGAGCUACAGGGAGGGGGGCAGGGGCCGCGGCAGAGGAAGGGGGCGGGGCAGAGGGAGAGGAAGGGGGCGUGGCCGUAGGAAGAUGGUGGAGGAGGAGGGGGAAGAAGAGGAGGAGAGCGGCGGGGCGGGGACCGAUGACGACUACGUCGUGGGGGAGGAGAUGGACGACGGCGAGAUCGGGGAACAGGAAAUGGACGAGCUGUCGCUGUCGUGCACCGAGUGCAACAAGCUGUUCAAGGACGUGAGCAGCCUGCGGCGACACGAGAAGAUCCACAAGGGCCUGAAGCCCUUCGUCUGCAUCUUCUGCUCCAAGAACUUCAGGCAGGCGACGCAGCUGAAGACCCACCUGCGCAUCCACACAGGCGAGAAGCCGUUCAACUGCUCCGAGUGCGACAAGUGCUUCGCUCAGAAGUGUCAGCUGGUCGCUCACCGCCGGAUGCACCACGGCGAGGAGAAGCCGUACACCUGCGAGCGCUGUGGCUUCAAGUUCGCUACCUCGUCCAACUACAAGAUACACAUCAGACUGCACAGUGGGGAGAAACCCUACGUCUGUGACAUCUGCGGCCAGGCCUUCGCUCAGUCGAGCACGCUGACGUACCACAAGCGGCGGCACACGGGAGAGAAACCGUACCAGUGCGACCUGUGCGGCAUGUCGUUCUCCGUCUCCUCGUCGCUCAUCGCUCACGCCCGAAAACACACCGGUGAGACUCCGUACAAAUGUGCGCAGUGCAACGGAAGCUUUGUGACGUCUUCCGAGCUGAAGAAACACAUGAGGCGACUUCACCCGGAGGGAAACAACGGAGUGCAGUGUCUGCUGUGCGGAAACCGCUUUGCCAGCGUGAAGAACAUGAUUAAACACCAGGAGAAGGCUCACGCUGACGAAGUGCGGCAACACAAGGAGAGAGCCAGAGCAGUGGUCCUCCUGGCCUCCAGUCACCCCGUGGCUUUCGUCCAGAGCAAACUCGCCCAGGAAAACAAAGUCAUGGCGUCCAUCCCUGAAGGCGGGGAGCCCACCAACCCUGACCCGACCACCCCCAAAGCCCCGCCCCCGACGUCUGCAGCCGCCACCGCCACCAUGAUACAGGACUUCAAGGCGGAGCCCACUCACACCGCCAUCGCCGCCGCUGCCGACCAGGUGACCUUUGAACCCGACACGGAGCAGACCAUCAACUCGGACACGCUGCACGCGCUGGUGGAGCAGCUGCGGCCCCCGCCCUCCCCGGCCCAGAGCCUGGAGCAGAUCGUCAUCAUCAGGACGGUGGACAACGGCGAGCCCAACGCUCCCCAGCAGUGAGGCGGGGGGGAGACGGCGCCCGGCGGUCGGAGAGCUCCUUCUGCUUUUAGUACAAUUCCACAUUCGGUCUGCUGGUCGACGCAAACAAACCUCCGGGUUGGACUAACUCACUUGGUGAAUGAGGGGGGGGAGGAGGGGGG